UCACUUUAAUAGAAAAAAAUAGAAAAAAAGUUUUUUGAAUGUGAAAAAAAUUAUUUGAGACUCAAAAAUCUAACCACUUUAUUUUUCAUAGAAAAUAGUUUCUUUCAUUGAAGCAAACCUUGUUGUGUAUGGGCCAUAUUAUGGGUAGGACAUUUAUGUCUAAAUCAGGGGUGUCCAAACUUUUUGCAAAGGGGGCCGGAUUCGGUGUGGUAAAAAUGUGGGGGGGCCGACCUUGGCUGACGACCUUUAUGAAGAACAAUAUAUUUAAGCAAAUUUUAGCAAGCCAUUCAGUGUGUCACAUUUGUUUUAUUUAAAAAAAAAAAAUCAAUUUCAUCAAUCUCACAACUAGCCUUGUGGCGUUCUCUUUCAACUCUCGGGGUCUUGCGAAAUAUUGCUGGUGUGAAAUUAAACUAGCUUCAAGUUGCUUCAAUUUCUCGCGGCGCAUCUUCCCCGUAAUCUUGUCGUACAUGUCAGCUUGUCUUGUUUGGUAAUAUCGCCUCACAUUGAACUCUUUAAAAACAGCGACUGUUUCUUUGCAAAUGAGGCAGACACAGUUGUUGCGUAUUUUAGUGAAGAAAUAGUCCAAUUUCCACCUAUCCUUGAAGCGUUGGCCGUCGCAGUCAACUUUUUUGUUGACUGUCGCCAUUUUAGAAAAUUGGGAGUAAAGGGUCACACGAGGUAAUGUUGCUUAGAGUGCUGCGUCUUUUAGUGGGUAAAUGAGGAGCAGAUUUUAGUGUUAAAGCUACUUCAUAUGCUGGUGGCAGUACUGCUGACCAAUUUAUUAAGUCUGUGUGCGGGCCAGAUGUUAUUGAUUUUAUGACAGAGGCUGGGGGCCGGAUAAAAUUUGACCACGGGCCGCAUUUGGCCCCGGGGCCGGACUUUAGACAAGCCUGGUCUAAAUGGUAAAUGGUAAGUUGCUUCAAUCCCAAAAAAAAAAAAAAAAAUUCAAUCAAAGAAAUAGUUUAUGUAAAAGUGUUAAAACUGUUCCAGCAUUUAAAGGAUUUGACGAUUUAGGAUAAUUUAUUUAAUUUGAUUUUAGAUAAAAAAGUGACUCACCUUAGGUUCGCUACAACGGAGCCGUCCUGCUUUAAUAUGGCGGCUUUUUACUAACGCCGCCGAGUCGAGAGGGGUCUGGCUGCAGCCCGCCUGUCUCAAUACCCUGCGCCGCUCGUCCGCACUCUCUUGCAAUGCGAGAGUCUGUCAUUUAACAUCGAGUUCUAUACACAUGUAAUAUCUAUGAGACGAAUCAGACGCUACCGCCGAAGCAUCAUAUGGGCGUAGUUUGUAGGGGCUGUCAGCUGCAUUGCAGCCGGGUAUUAUUGAUUGUUUGGGAGGGGAUUGCUUUGGAACAGUAGCGCUUAGAAGACAAACCCCUUUUCAUCUCUCCUUGGCCACAUGGCGUAAAAUAAUUCACUGAAAGGUGUCAAAACAUUUUCGGGCACGCUUAGAAGCCGUUCAAUCUCGCUUCUAUUUCGAAUCGUUUGGGUGUACGUGGAAACUUCGAGGCCUCCCUAGAUUAGCCUACCCGAUUUUAGCCGCUAGCAAAGAGAACAAACAACGCGCUUGGGAUCAACAUAUCGCCGGGCAAGCAAACAUCAAGUCCCAAAAUGUCAGGUUCUAAUGUGGCGGAUGUUUUGCAUGCUGUACCUGAAUGCACCACGUGGCUGACGUGACAGAGUGAGAAAGAUGUCAGUCAAGAGCAACGCCAGGAGUUUGCUCGCAUCGAAGAAGAGGAGGAGGAGAUGGAGGAGUCGUCACAAAUCAAGAAAAAAGAGGAGGACAAAUUCGUCCACAUUAAAGAAGAGCAAGAAGAGUAUAUCGUUAUAGUUGAGAACUCCCACAUUGAGGAGCAGCAGCAACCUCAUCCAUUUAAAGAGGAAGAGGAGGACCCUCCAUAUGUUAAAGUGGAGGUGGUGGACAUCUCCAAGUGGAGUGGUGAGCCCUUGAAGGUUGAAGAUGGAGGUCCGAGUGAGACCAGCAGAGGGGUGGAGCCCUUGAGUGGCAUCAGCAGUUGUUCAAAAGAAGGAUCCCAACCAGAUGACCUCGUCACUCAACCAUCGGAGAGUUACGACGCCUCAUCACACUCGCUUUUCUGUUUCAGCAAAUAUCUUGGUCCUGAGCGGCAGGAGCCAGAAUCUCCUGGCGUUGAAGAGGAUGUUGAGGAAGGAGGUAUCAACAGGUGGACUGGUGAGCCCUUGAAUAGUGAAGAUGAACUGAGCGAAAGCUGCAGCAGCACCUCAAGAGAAGGACUGCAAGCAGACAUUUUCAUCUCUCCAGCAGAUAGAAAUGGCGCCGCAUCACCCUCGCCUUACAAUGAUGACGGUCAUAAGAAAUCUCACCAUAACGACAAAUUCUGCAAAUGCUCUCAGUGUGGGAAAACCUUUGCUAAUAACUAUGCGUGUCGUAUGCAUAUGAGGAGCCACACUGGUGAGAAACCUUUUGUCUGCUCAGUUUGCGGUCAAAGAUUCAGUCUCAAGGGCACCUUAAAAAGACACACAAUAACCCACACUGGAGAAAAACCUUUUCCCUGCUCGAUUUGUGGCCAAAGGUUCGGUCACAAGAGCCAGGUAAUAACACACACAAGAACCCACACUGGAGAAAAACCUUUUGCCUGCUCAGCUUGUGGUCAAAGAUUUAGCCACAAGAGCCACUUAAUAUCUCACACAAAAACCCACACUGGUGAAAAACCUUUUGCGUGCUUAGUUUGUAGCCAAAGAUUCAACCACAAGAGGAAUUUAAUAUCACACACAAGAACCCACACUGGCGAAAAACCUUUUGUCUGCACAGUUUGCGGUCAAGGAUUCAGUCACAAGUGCACCUUAAAAGUACACACAAGAACCCACACUGGUGAGAAACCUUUUGUUUGCUCAGUUUGCGGACAAAGAUUCACUCACAAGAGCAAUUUGAAAAAACACACAAGAACCCACACAGGAGAAAAACCUUUUGCCUGCUCAAUUUGUAGUCGAGGUUUCACUGAAAAGCGAAACUUACAAAAGCACAUAAAAACCCACACCGGAGAAAAACCUUUUGCCUGCUCAGAUGGGGCCAAAGAUUCAGUCACAAGUGGACCUUAAAGCCUGAGUUAUGCUUCUGCGUUGCGGUGAUGGCGUAGCGAUGAUGUAGACCCCUACAGCGUAAACUAGUAUUCGAUAGUUCUGCGGCAAGGGAAUGCGUUGUUCCGUAAUUCACCGCCAAACCACUAGAGGGGUGUUGCGUUGUGUUUGUGCGGUUUUGGGGGGCUCUUGUCGAAUCCCUUGAGUUUUUUUUCCGGUUGGACAACAAUGGCAACGUAGAUGGAAUGCUUGAAUGUGGAUCUUCAGCUCAUCAACAUUUAACAACAUAUGUUGAUCAUACAAAUUUUGAGGCACAGAAGACUGUUGCAGAGGUGCUGCACAGAGACUCGCAGUCAUUACGAAUUUUAGCAUUGGGUUGAAGCUAGCAAGCUGUGUUGUCCAGCGUUUUGUCCGAUUUCUUUGCCGUUUCCUACAACCAGCCAGUGGGAAGCCAUCGCAGAUUUCUGGCGGCUAUGGAACUUCCUAAACAAUCAGUGAUGAUGUAUCAAGUGUGAGAACUGUCUGUUGUUGAAAAUUAAACAUCAAAACAACUCUUUCGACACCAAACCUGUGCUUUAUUCUUUAUAUACUUGAAGUGUAAAAUGUAAAUGUAUGUAAACAAUAAUUGAUAAAGUGCACCAACCAAAAAUACUUCAUAAAGUGAUAAAAAGCUGGCAGUUUUUGGCCAGCUGAGUCACCGCUUCGUGUGGCCAUUCGCUUCCGAACACACACAUACUUGUCUCGGAGGUUUUUCCAUUUUUUUUUUUUUUUUUUUUUUCAAUGCAUUCGCUGGCCCAGCCCCGUAUUUUCAGCAAUCUCCAUGAAUCGCUUGCCUUUUAGCAAUCUUUAUAAUGUCUUGACUAAACAUUGUAGAGGUUUUCGUACAUGCAGACCUCUUCGGUGAUACUCUUGUUGGCUUGGUCCAUUUUUGCAUGUAGCAAAACAAUGUUUGAAAAUGGCGGUGAUCUCGCGCUGAACCAGAAACAACAGUCUUAGCGACAUGACGCCGAGUCAGGAUUUUGUGGAGGUGCACGUCAGGCUACGGCGAAGGGUUGUAAAUUGGGUCUGCCCUGACGGUGUAGGUCUGCCGCAGAAGCAUAACUCAGCCUUAAGCUUUUACACUCAGAGAAUUUUUUGUGAAGUUAGGGGUUGAUUUUUUUCUCUGAGAAGUUAUAAACUGAGUCAACAGUUCAAACAUGUCUUAUUGUACAUUUAUUCUAGAAUCACCAAAAGAUUAUGUCAGGAACUUUUCUCCAAAAUCUUUACAUUUUUUAAUAUCUCAUAACCAGUUAAAGUUGAAGAAUUUCAAAUGCCAAAUAUGGAAAAUAACACACUUGCUUGAUUAUACUGGCUUUGGGCAGGGGCAUCACCAAGGACGUGGGUUUGCAUAGGGAAGUUACGCACUUUUCAGGAUGCUCAAAUUGUCCCCACCAACUUUUAAGCCACCUUAUCUGCAUUAUAUAAUGACCUCUGUUACAUAUGUAGGUCAUUUAGAUUGAAAAAAGUUGUACGGUUUAUUUUUAAAUAUUAUUUUGGAAGUUUAAAAAAAAAAAAAAAAAUUUAUAUAGCAAUUAUUUUUGUUCUUGCUCUAAUUUUGAGCAACCUGAGCUGUGGCUAGUCUAUAAGUUCUAUUUUAAUUUAAAAUAUUUAUUUUCGUGAAUUAUUUAUUUUAACAUUAUAUUCAUGUUCCAAUUUGUAAAUACGUUCUGCAAAAUUUAAAAAAAAUCCUGUUCAAUGGAUUUUUUUUAAAAACUCAAAAUAACACAUUUUGAAGCUAUAAUUGCAAUACUGUGGAACCGUGAUAUUUUUGCUCAACGUUAUCAUACUGUCAAAAUCUCAUACUGCCACAUGCUUAGUUUGUAUUAUUUUUUUGACUGUAAGUUUCUGUACCACCUAUGAAGUAAUUACAGUCAAUCUAACUAUGGACCAGUGCUAUGUUCGACUACUGAAGCUGUAUUUGCAUAAACCAAAUAAAUGACACAAAUAUGUAAUGGGUUUGGAACACUGGCCUAUUUUUUUUAUAUAUACAAACAACACACAUAAGAUUCAUACAAUUAACAGAAAAAAUGGAAAAUUAUUAAUCUCAAAAAAAGGAAAACGUGUCACCUUAUUGGUAAUGUUUGAAUUUCUUUUUGUACUUUGAUCCUUGUCUUUCUUGAUCUCACUGCUGCCUUCCACACCAUUUCUCACAAAAUCCUUCUCGACCAUCUCUCCUCCCUUGGUAUCACCUGCAUACCCCAUUCUUGGUUCACUUCCUACCUGUCCGACCGCACACAAUUUGUCAAAUUUGGCCCCCACAAAUCCAAAUCCUUCCCUGUCUCCGCUGGCGUGUCCCAGGGUUCCGUCUAGGGCCACUCCUCUUCAUUAUUUAUAUUUUCCCCCCUCGGUUCCAUCUUCCGCAAACAUGACAUUCACUUCCACUGCUACGCAGAUAACACCCAGCUCUACAUUUCCUCAAAACCAUCCUCUUCCCUUCCACCCUCUUCCCUCACCCACUGUUAAGAAGACAUUAACUCUUGGUUCUCGUCCAACUUCGUCUUCCUCAAUUGCUCAAAAUCAGAAGUCCUCCUUGUAGCCAGCAACACCACGCUCUGUAAUGAUAAUAAGUUCUCUAUUACCAUCAACAAUGUACCGAUAUCCCCCUCCACUCAGGUUAAGAGUCCGGGUGUCAUCGUCAACAGCACACUCUCCUUCUGCUCCCAUAUUAACGACAUCACCAGAUCGGCAUACUUCCACCUUCGAAAUUUUUCUUGCCUCCUCCCUUCUAGAGCCUAGAUCAGGCCUAAAAAAAUCCAGCCCGACCCGACCUGCGUGUAUUAAAGCCCGGCCCGAGCAAUUAACUUAACUUG